ACCAGCCACAGCAGAACUACCAACCCUACUCUGGUGUCUCGAGCGUGCAUUAACGAGAGUCUGGAAGAGCGAGUCCAGGAACUGGAGCAGGCAUUACAAGCUGAACGCCUCGCUUCGCAGCGAGAUCGAGCGACUAUCACAAAGUUGCAACGACAGAUCAACAAGAGAGAGGCUACGCAACGAGAUGUGGAACGCGAACGACGACAACGAAUGGAGGCCGAAGCUCGGGUACGCGAGGCUACGGCUGAAGCUGAGAGAGCACGCUCCAGGGUUCAUCAUCUUCAGAGAGAGCUGGCCAGGAUGGAGGAGACGUCACGGGGGUUGCUGCAGCACAAGCACAGGGCUGAACAGCUGAAGCAGGAGAAAACUGCGCUCACGCUUUCUUACGAGGCACGCGUGCAUCAGUAUCAAGCGCAGAUCUCCAAGCUGCAGCUGGAGAACGAGUCGAUGAGGGGUCAGCUGCGUGGUUUGGAGGCUGCGUGUGCUGGUGAGGUGCAUGCUGCACUGGUGGCACGUCUGGCGACCUUGGAAACGGAACACGCCGCGUUGGCGCGGGACGCGGACGCUCAGCGUCGCCAAUACGAGCGGUGCCUGGACGACGUCGCCAACCAGGUGGUCCGCGCCCUCCUAUCCCAAAAGGGUCUCAGGGAAGAAAUCGGUGCAUUGCAGAGGCGUAUUCGGGAGCUCGAGGCACAAAAUCGAGCGCUUUCAGGAUUAUUGGCCCAGGCAGCGAGCCCUGGAAGUCCGUCAGAGUUGAUUCAAGGGAUCCUCGAAGCUGGACCGGCGGCAGUAGUGGCUGCACUUGGUCUGGAUCCAGCUUGGGUUCCCCUGUCGAGGCCACGCUCGCUGAAUUUGCAAAUACCGGUGAUGGCUGCCACGAAAUGCCGCAGGAAUAGACCUUUGGCCCAGAAGCCAUCAGAGGAGGAGGGCAGCGAGAGCCCGGAGAGUGGGAAUAGAGACGAGGGUUACUCGACGAUGUCCAGUGACGUGCAGGGUGAGGGUGCUCGACAGGAACCAUCCCGAGGGUUGGAGGAUCUGAAGGAGGCGACGGAUGAGACCGAGGCGGACGUUUCGCCGGAUGCACGGCUAGUCGCCCUCGACGCCGGUGAUCCGGACGUCCUGUUUUUGCCGCUGAACCUCACCGUAGGAAUAAAUCCUCGUCACAGCUACCCGCCGAACAAAGACUUGCUACCGUAUCAGCACGUCAUGCGCAGCUUCUCUGACAGUCACCUAUGCCUCAAGCUGACCACGACCACCAACUUUACACCGUACAAGUUGCCGAGUCCUAUGGGAUCCUCGUCGUUGCUCCUCGUCGAGGAGGAGGGCUGGGACGCUGAGUACGUUCAACAGUGGCUCAGGUUGGACGACAGCAGAAAUGCUCAACAAAAUCGAGAUCUCCUCGAGUUGGAAUACGACAGAGCAGAAUUGGAAGAUUGGAGUUUUUCGUUGUCUACCGAGGACCUUGGUCAAAAUGAAUCGACGGAACAUAAUCCUCUGGAAUUGGAAGAGGACGCGAACGAAUGCCUGUGGAAUGGUGCCAGUUACCUUGCUGAUAGAACAGGAGGCGAAUUGGUUGCACUUCUCAUGGACGCCACAGCGACCGGAUCGUGGCCGUACGCCACAAGUCCUGGGGCUUCCUGGAGCAGCGAGGAGGGAGCUUUCGAAAAUUCCAGCAAACGAUCCUCAGCAGCGUUGUCAGGCUGCAGCGACGAUCCAGACUCUCCGUCUAUCGGCACCGACUUCACCAGAGACUUCUACAGACUGGUGAAGUUCGAGAGUACAAAGAGCUUGGCCAGCACAUCGUCGAGAAGCGGAAGACCUCCUCCGGACAGAGAACAAGCUCUGCAGAGCGUAUUAUCUUUCAUUGCUGAACAGCAAAUGUAUCUGGCUGAAUUGCCGACUAAUCUGCUAGAACACAACGGCGCGACUCUUACAACGGAAGUUCUAGAGGAAACCGAGAGCAGCAGGGAUGAGUGUGGAAUCGAGGCAAUGUGCACCGAAGUAGAAACAUCCGUCGAUCAAGAUAACAGCAACAUAGAGAACAUUACUGAAACGAGCAGUAACGACGAUUUGCUGGAUCAGAUACCAGUGCCGUCUCUGGUACCAGAGGGAAGAAUAAUUAGCGCAGUGGCUUGCAACGGUGGUGUCUCUUAUACCACUGUUACACCGUCGGAAUUAGGCGCUGUUCCCGAGGAAGACGAAGAAGCUGCUACUUCCUCCACGCCUAGCACGGUUGUGAGCCCGGCAAGAGCACCGCUACUAGUCGAGGGCAGGGACCGAUCGCUGAGCUUUCACGAACGUGCCACAUCGAAGGACGUGAUAGACGAACUGAAUCGUAUGAUCAGAAAGGGGGAAGAGAACAGCGUUACCCAGGAAACUCAAGUGCCGCUCGAAAAAUUGGAUCUCGCUUGCUGCUGUCCGACUGGAUGGGUUCACGUUGAACGAGACAUUGACUUUACCGACCCAAAAGCAAGAGCCAAUCUUUUAGACGUGAUGCUAGAAAGCAGUGAAAGUUCUUCGGCGACAUCGAGCAGCGGAUCAGCCGGAAGUGACUCGGGGGAUGAACCACCAGAUUACCGUCACUUGCACAGACUACACCGAUACCGACGACAAAAGAAAGCAUCGGCGGCCCAGGCACACCGUGUCCUGCGACUGCCGUCAACCUGGGGCUCAUCGAGGCCGUCGAUCAUCGGACGUGGUGAUGAUUUCUUCGUCCGAUACGGGGAAAAGGAGCGCGAAGCCGUGGCCUCCUUCGACUUCCUUGACGAGAUCGUGGCGCCCUCUUCAACAGGCUCACACGCCAGUCUGAUCGAUUUGGACGAUACGCCGUCUGCUGAAGUCAUGAAGAUUUCUCCGCUCUAGGAUGUACUUCUUCGAUCCACGUUGACUGAGAACUUUCGUGAGAAUAGGCAAACUGUUCCAUUCUAAUUGUAUGGCCAACACGCAUGCUCGGUUUUGCACCGUGGGAAUUUUACGUGGCCCGGCGUUUAGUUUUCGAUAUUCGUAUCGAAGGUUAUGAUGUACGCGAAGACGAAUUGUAUUAUAACAUCUU